CAGAGCACGGCACGGAUCUCUGGCGGAGGAGCAGAUGGCCACCAAGUGAGCGCUUCGAUGUCCGCUGGGCUCGGCAAUUGAACGGAAAAGUCACUGUGUGUGUGUGUGUGAAAUGAGACCAAAAGUGAGGCCAAUAAAAAGGCGAUAAAAUUGACGCCAAUCCAAGCGGCGGAGGAGGAGCAGCGGGAGCCGGAGCGGGAUCGGGAGAGUGAAACGAUAAGCGUAUCCUGUCGGCACACAGUCAGUGCAUAAAACGGCGAUAUAUAUUCCGUGUUCGAGCAGCAGGAGUCCUGCCAGGAGUGUGUGUCCCGUGUUUAUAGCCGCUGCAGCCGCCUUCCGAUAGAUAGCCGACGACUACUCCAAUGCCUUGGUGAUUAAUGGGCGAGGGCACAUGGCCGACGGGAUGCGCAUAACUCACUGGCCCCAAACGAGAUACUGCCGAUGGCUGGCCCUCGGAUUGGGCCUGGUGCUGGCCCUCGCCUGGACGGCAGCGGCAGCCGCAGCCAUGGAAUCGUCGGCAGAGCUGCAGGCCCUCGGUCUGGGCCUGGGCCUGGGCCGUGACCAUCAUCAUCAUCAUCAGAGUGUGGCAAUUAAGCCGUCGCCAGGUGGCGAUGCCUCAAUUAGUGGCAGCCUCCAGUGGCAGCAACGUUCCUCUGGAGCCGGAGCACACACGGAACAGGAGCUGGAGAUGGAGAUGGAGCUGCCGUUGUUGGGGCCGCAGCAUCGCUCCAAUUGGAAGUACAAACGGACGAAAGUCAAGCGGCGGCAGCGCCUCAAUUCGCAGAGCAAUCUGCCGAGCAUCACGAACUCCUCGGCGCAGCCCUUCGCGCCGCCGGCCACCCGGCAGCGCUACCUGAAGGUCAACCAGGUGUUCGAGAGCGAGCGCCGCAUGUCCCAGGCGGAGAUCCAGCGCAAUCACGGGAAAAUCGUCCUGCUCGGCCUCUUCGAGCUCUCCACGAAGCGGGGCCCCCGCCCGGACGGCAUCUCCGAGCUGGGGGCCGCCACCAUGGCCGUGGAGCACAUCAACCGCAAGCGCCUCCUGCCCGGCUACACCCUCGAGCUGGUCACCAACGACACGCAGUGCGAUCCUGGCGUGGGCGUGGAUCGCUUCUUCCAUGCCAUCUACACACAGCCCUCGACGCGAAUGGUGAUGCUGCUCGGAUCCGCCUGCUCGGAGGUCACCGAGAGCCUGGCCAAGGUGGUGCCGUACUGGAAUAUUGUGCAGGUCUCGUUCGGCUCCACCUCGCCGGCGCUGAGCGACAGGCGGGAGUUCCCCUACUUCUAUCGCACCGUGGCCCCGGACUCCUCGCACAAUCCGGCGCGCAUCGCCUUCAUCCGGCGCUUCGGCUGGGGCACGGUGACCACCUUCUCGCAGAACGAGGAGGUGCACUCGCUGGCGGUGAACAAUCUGGUGACGGAGCUGGAGGCCGCGAACAUUUCCUGUGCGGCCACCAUCACAUUCGCGGCCACGGACUUCAAGGAGCAGCUUUUACUCCUGAGGGAGACUGACACGCGCAUCAUUAUCGGCAGCUUCUCGCAGGAGCUGGCCCCACAGAUCCUCUGCGAGGCCUACAGGCUGCGCAUGUUCGGGGCGGACUACGCCUGGAUCCUGCACGAGAGCAUGGGGGCGCCGUGGUGGCCCGACCAGCGCACCGCCUGCACCAACCACGAGCUCCAGCUGGCCGUCGAGAACCUCAUUGUGGUCUCCACCCACAACAGCAUCGUGGGUAACAACGUCAGCUACAGCGGACUGAACAAUCACAUGUUUAACUCGCAGCUGCGCAAGCAAUUUGCACAGUUCCAUGGCCAGGAUGCGGCAUCCCCAGCCGGUGGCAACCGCAAGCGUGCCGCACCACAAUCGGAUUUGGAUGUGGAUGUGGAUUCGGAGUCGAGCAGCCGGCGCAGGCGUGCCACUGGGAGCCACCUCUUCCCGGAGGCCAUCUCGCAGUACGCGCCGCAGACGUACGACGCCGUGUGGGCCAUAGCCCUGGCCCUGCGCGCCUCCGAGGAGCACUGGCGCCGCAACGAGGCCCAGUCGAAGCUGGACGGAUUCGACUACACGCGCAGCGACAUGGCCUGGGAGUUCCUGCAGCAGAUGGGCAAGCUCCACUUCCUGGGCGUAUCCGGUCCCGUCUCGUUCAGCGGUCCGGAUCGUGUGGGCACCACGGCCUUCUACCAGAUCCAGCGGGGCCUGCUGGAGCCCAUUGCGCUGUACUAUCCCGCCACGGAUGCCCUGGACUUCCGCUGCCCCCGCUGCCGACCCGUCAAGUGGCACAGCGGCCAGGUGCCCAUCGCCAAGCGGGUCUUCAAGCUGCGAGUGGCCACCAUCGCCCCGCUGGCCUUCUACACCAUCGCCACCCUCUCGAGCGUGGGCAUUGCCCUGGCCAUCGCCUUCCUCGCCUUCAAUCUGCACUUUCGGAAGCUCAAGGCAAUUAAACUUUCCAGCCCGAAGCUGAGCAACAUCACCGCGGUGGGCUGCAUCUUCGUGUAUGCCACCGUCAUCCUGCUGGGCCUCGACCACUCCACGCUGCCCUCGGCGGCAGACUCCUUUGCCGCAGUCUGCACGGCACGCGUCUAUCUGCUGUCGGCCGGAUUCUCGCUGGCCUUUGGCUCGAUGUUCGCCAAGACCUACCGGGUGCACCGCAUCUUCACACGCACCGGGAGCGUGUUCAAGGACAAAAUGCUGCAGGACAUCCAGUUGAUUCUGCUCGUGUGCGGCCUGUUGCUGGUGGACGCCCUCCUCGUCACCCUCUGGGUCGUCACGGACCCCAUGGAGCGGCAUUUGCAUAAUCUGACACUCGAAAUCAGCGCGAUUGAUCGGAGUGUUGUCUACCAGCCCCAGGUGGAGGUCUGCCGCUCGCAGCACACCCAAACCUGGCUGAGUGUCCUGUACGCCUACAAGGGCCUCCUGCUGGUGGUGGGCGUGUACAUGGCCUGGGAGACGCGCCACGUGAAGAUACCCGCCCUCAACGACUCGCAGUACAUCGGCGUCUCUGUGUACAGCGUGGUCAUCACGAGUGCCAUUGUCGUCGUCCUGGCCAACCUCAUCUCGGAGCGCGUGACGCUGGCCUUCAUCACCAUCACGGCCCUCAUUUUGACCUCCACCACGGCGACGCUGUGCCUGCUGUUCAUCCCGAAGCUGCACGACAUUUGGGCGCGCAAUGACAUCAUCGAUCCCGUGAUCCACAGCAUGGGCCUCAAGAUGGAGUGCAACACGCGACGCUUUGUGGUCGACGAUCGCCGGGAGCUGCAGUAUCGCGUGGAGGUCCAGAACAGGGUCUACAAGAAGGAGAUCCAGGCGCUGGACGCGGAGAUCCGCAAGUUGGAGCGGCUGCUCGAGUCCGGUCUGGGCACCGCCUCGACGACCACGUCCUCGUCCACCUCCCUGCUGCAGGGAGGCCACGCCCACGCCCACCUCAAGCCAGAGCUGACCGUCACGAGCGGACUGUCGCAGACGCCGGCUCCGAGCAAGUCGCGCACCCCGAGCAUCUCCGGGAUCCUGCCCAACCUGCUGCUCUCCGUGCUCCCGCCGGUGAUUCCGCGCGCUAGCUGGCCCUCGGCGGAGUACAUGCAGAUCCCGAUGCGGCGAUCGGUGACCUUUGCCUCGCAGCCGCAGCUGGAGGAGGCCUGCCUGCCCGCCCAGGACCUGAUCAACCUGCGGCUCGCCCACCAGCAGGCCACCGAGGCCACCAGCCGGACGGGGCUCAUCGACCGCCUCCGGGGCAUCUUCUCGCGCACCGCCUCCAGCAACAAGGGCUCCACUGCCAGCCUGGCGGACGGCCAGAAGGGCCUCAAGGCGGCCUUCAAGUCGCACAUGGGCCUCUUCACCCGCCUGAUUCCCUCCUCGCAGACGGCCUCCUGCAAUGCCAUCUACAACUCCCCGAUUCAGAAUCCGGCCCCAGAGCCGGGCGGCCUCCCCGUCGAGUCCAACUCGAACGGGCGGACGCAUCUGAAGGCCAUCCACCGCGGAUCGCUCACUCAAAGCGGCACCCACCUGGACCACCUGGCCAAGGAUCCCGGCUUCCUGCUGCCCUCCAUCUCCACCAUCUCCGGGGAGCAUCUGGGCGGACCCGUGGCCCCACCCGACGGCCGUUAUGUGAAGCUGCUGGAGACCAGAGUGAACUUUCAGCUGCCCAGCAGCCGCCGGCCGUCGGUGGUGCAGCCGACGCCCAGUCUGCGGGAGCGGGUCAGGGGCUCGCCGCGCUUCCCCCACCGCAUCCUGCCGCCGGCCGCCUGCAGCCUGAGCGCCCUGGCCGAGUCGGAGGACACUAGGGCGCCUGAUAUGAGCAGCAUCAUAGGCAGCUGCAAGUCCAUUCCGCGCAUCUCCCUGCAGCAGGCCACCAGCGGGGGCACCUGGAAGUCCAUGGAGACGGCCGCCAAGUCGCGCCUCUCGCUGGGCGACUCCCAAGAGGACGAGACCCCAGAAACACCAGAAACACCAGAAACAGAGGUAGGGCCGGUCCAGGUCCAGGUCGAGGCGGUGCCAUUGAAUGGCCUAGGUUAGACCCUCCCCCGUCCUCCGUCCUCCGCCCAGUCCUCGUCAAUUAGAAGCAAACACCAAGCAAUUAUUUUCGACAGACACGCG